AUGACUCUGAUAUCGCCAGGAACCACUCCGAAGGACCCUCCGCCGCCGUACCAAGAGAGCGUCGCGCCUGCGCCCGAAGACGGCGAAGCGAUCCCUCGCCAUCAGGAAACGGACGACCCACCCGUGUGCGAGGUGCUAGACUUACUGGCCCACUGCACGAUCAGCCGGAGCUCUGAUGAGAGCCGCCAAUCGGACGUGGAGUACGCGGAGGUCGAGGAAAUGGGCCUGUGGCACUCCACGCCGCUGCCGCACCGGCACAAGUCCAAGAUAUCACUCACGUGGGUGCUCAAGGACGGGAUAGACGGCACGAAAGCGAAACGCGACGACGGAGGCAAGGGCGCGGGCUACUUGAGCAAAAACUGCAGCCAGGCAAGCGACGGGCGCCUCGUCGCGAAGUACAAAGCCCACGUGAGCAGGGUUGUCGGCCGCAACGAGAAUUACCACAACCUGAGGCUCAGGGCUACCUGCGACGAGCUCGGCCGCGAGUCCUGCUCCGAUACAAGCGGCACUGAGGAGUACGCUAGGCGGAAGCACCGGCACAGGCACAGGAGGAAGAAGAGACGCGAGCCGAGGUUCGGCUACGACAUCAGGGACUUGGAUAGCUUCUUGAGCGCGGCCACGAUAGACCGUCCGGGUAACAUACCGGUGGUUAUAGCGUUCCCCACAACGCUGUACCAAACGCAGAAGGACUGCCAGCGGGAGCUGACGCUACCGCUGGGCACGGUGGUCAACGCCGUGUUCAAGAACCAGCAGUGGGUAUACGCGCAAACUCCGCAUGGCCAUCAGGGCUACGUGCUGUACAGCGCUUGCUUGCCUCUAGGGAUACUGCCGAACAGGACUUCCGUCCAGAAGAAGACCCCAUGCUGGGAGAGCAGCACCGACAUAUACCCGCGCCCGUGCGGCAACCUAACGGACACGGAGAAAGAGAAACUGCGCGGUCGCACGCGUUCAGAGACACGCGGCCGAACGCGCACCGCAAAAACCCCGAAGGCGUCGUGCGCGGAAAAGGAGUUUGACUCGCUUUACCUAAAAACUAAAUCAUUCUGCUCCAAUAUUGACAGGCUGCACGAGAAGGAGAACGUACAGAUUAAAAACGGAGUGAGGAGGCAAACGUUGCUAGUUGUCAACAGUGAUUAUGGCGGGAGCGUGUUGAAUAAAACAUUAUCUGUGAGCAGAGGCGAUGUCGUGACUUUAGUUCAAGGUGUUAGCGGGGAAACCGACGUGGAUUCCGAAUGGUUUUACGUGAGGAAAAAAGAUGGCAGCCAAGGUUUUAUACCGGCUGUGGUGGCCGGGCACGGCUAUAUC